GGUGGCGUGGCUGCAGCAUGUGUGGAGAGUCGAAGGUGAGCAAAACAAACCAACCCGACCCCAGCAGCAGUAUGUCGGUUGACAGCGUGUUCAGGACCCGCUCGCUCGGGGUGGCCGCCGAGGGUCUGCCCGACCAGUACGCCGACGGCAAGGCGGCCAAAGUGUGGCAGUUGUACAUCGGCAACACGCAGAGCCGCACCGCGGAGUACAAGAGCUGGGUGGUGGCCCUGCUGAAGGAGCAGGGCGCCCGCACCGUGCUGGACGUCGCCUGCGGAACUGGCGUGGACUCAAUCAUGUUGGUGGAGGAGGGCUUCAAUGUGAUGAGUGUGGAUGCCAGCGACAAAAUGCUCAAGUAUGCGCUGAAGACCAGAUGGGAGAGAAGAAAAGAACAAGCCUUUGACCAGUGGGAGAUCGAAGAAGCCAACUGGUUGACACUACCAGAAGACAUCCAGAAACCAGGAAAGGGUUUUGAUGCCGUUAUUUGCCUGGGCAACUCCUUUGCCCACUUACCAGACUUCAAAGGGGAUCAGAGUGACCACAAGUUGGCUCUCCAGAACAUUGCGAGUAUGGUCAAACCAGGUGGGAUCCUCAUCAUUGACCACCGUAACUACGACUACAUCUUGGAGACUGGCCGAGCUCCACAAGGCAAAAAUAUUUACUACCAGAGCGAUCUCACACAGGACAUAUCCACCUCUGUGCUGUGGGUCAACAGUAAGCCCCACAUGAUCACCCUGGACUACACCCUCCAAGUGCCCCAGGCCGGCCCCCAGACCCCGCCAGAGGUCAGCAAGUUCCGCCUGUCCUACUACCCUCACCGCCUGGGCCGCUUCAAGGAGCUGCUGCAGGCGGCCUUCCAGGGCCAAGUGGAGCACCAGGUCUACGGAGACUUCCUGGCCUACGUCCCCGGUCAGACCAAAGCUCCCUGCUACUUUGUCCACGUUUGCAAGAAGAAGGCCUGAAACCAGUUCCAGUCCAGUCCCCCAAAUUGUCUUUAAUUCCAUAAUUUGGAUGACAUUUUUAUUUUCAUGACUUUUUAGAGUAAUAUAUGGGAAGACCUCAGCAACAAUGUCUCUAAACACGGAUUAGUGUUUUCAACUGAAGACAAGAAUCAUAUUUUGUUUAGCUCGGUGGCGUUUGGUCUGGGAAGUUCUUGCGGUGUUCCACAGGGUCGGACUCUAUCAAGGCUAAAAGGGGUCUAAAGCACGCUUAAGUCCAAAUGCUCAAACCUUGGUGAUUGUUUACCUCCUAAUCCUCUGACUUCAGUUAAUGAUACAUCAUUUCUUAUCUUUCUUUGCACUUCACUUGAUCUUAAACCAGAAGAUGCUGAUGAAUGCCUUAUAUAAGACCGAGGGAACAUGCAUCAAAGGCUCGGACGCCCACCGGCUACGUUGAACGUUGAGCCUGAGUCACGUGAUCCUCCUCAAACAUGCUGUCAACCAAAGAUGUUCUCAUUCAGCCUGUACUUUGCACAUUGCACAAUGAUUGAAGGGUGAAAUUAAUAAACGCCGGAUGGACACCGAGGAGUGCGUGGCGGGGUAAUCCCACAUCCUCACGUCCGGUGGUGCUGCGGACUUCACGGUGCAUUCAAGUGUUCUGCCGGUGCUACCUGUUUUUGUUUUUGUUUUGUACCAAAAGUGCACUGACCUGCUCUGGUUGUCCACGUUUCCAUGGAACAUUUCACCACAGUCUUAUGUUCUUCUAAUGUCUGUUGGAUUUUUAACUGUAGCUUGGAAAUCAAUUAAAGAUGAUAUACUUUGUUUUCA